AACAUGGGAAUUGUUGGUCCGUUCCUUAGCAUGAAAUGGCAUCCAUUGAUUCUCUCCAAUUCCAUUCUCUCUGCAAUCUCCAGUCGUCGAUUGGAAGAGUCAAGCUCCAGAUUCCUUCAAGUUUGGUUAUUUUCAGACGGAGACCCGUAAAUCUGAACUGGGUUCAAUUCGAAACUAAACGAAGGUUCGUGUGUAAAGCGAUUGGUGAUUCCUCGACUCCAGAUGAAGAAAUUCAGAACACUCAAAAUGAUGAUAAUGUUGUUGUUGUUACUGCUGCUACGACUCAGAGUGACAUUAUUCCCCAUGAUUCUGAGUAUUCAGUUUCGAGGUUUCGUAGUAUGAUUACCUCACUCCCUCCUGUUGUCUUCGUGAUGAAGAAGUGCUCAGGGAACAGCAUUUGGAUCGGGAUCUGCGUUGCAACUACUGUUCUGGUCGCUGCAAUUAGGGCUUAUGUAGUCAGAAAGUCAAGAGAUAAUCAGCGUGCUGGCUCUGUUGCUGAUCUUGUCAGACGUGGCCAGCUGAGAUCUGGUGAUAGAAGAGGCAUCUCUAAGUCUCUUAACUACGAGGACCCAUUCAACAACCCUUUUGUGAAACUUGAUAAAGGAAGCUCAACGGUAGAGAUGUGCGGGAAAGUAUAUCGGCUAGCUCCAGUCACACUUACAGAAAAAGAACAAACAAUUCAUCAGAAAAGAAGGUCAAGAGCUUACCAAUGGAAGCGACCAACGAUUUUUCUCAAAGAAGGAGACUCAAUACCACCUGAUGUUGAUCCCGAUACAGUCAGAUGGAUCCCGGCCAAUCAUCCGUUUGCAACCACGGUUAGCGAUAUCGAUCAAGACCUUGCCCAGAAUAAUGUCUACCAGAAGCAAGGUGUUCCUUUCCGGAUUCGAGCUGAGCAUGAAGCUAUGCAGAAAAAGCUUGAAGCUUUACAAAAUGAAGAGAAAUUGAAUAAUCUGGGUAUUGACAGUCAAAAUGCCAGAGAUUUUCAGAGGCCAUACAAGUUCUCAGCCAAGCUUGAAGGCGAGAAUAUCCAGAAAAAUUCUCAGGAUAAUCAUACAGGCAAUUCAUCCUCUGAGGAAACGAACCAGUCCUGAGAACGUACUAAGCUACUUGUAAAUACAGUUUUCCCUUGAGAAUCAUACUUGCAUUCCAAGAAACUGGAGAUUUUCUU